AUGGCUGCCGAACAAAAUCGUAUCGCUCAAGAAAAGGAUCUUGUGUUGUCGCAGCUGCAGACGACGGAGACAGACAUGGAGGAUGUCAAGCAACAACUGCUGACCUAUAAAAAGGAGAACCGAGAGCUGGAGAACGAGCUACGAGUCAAUGCGGAGCAGAGAGAGUCAGGCUUCUAG